AAUUCGAAUGCUUAUUUACAUGGCCUUGCUGUAAUUCUAAAGAAUCUUAUUGAUUUCACUUCUUGAUUAAUUUCUCAGUUCGCAGCAUUGAUUACUAGUAAGUAGAGUCUAGGUUGUGCUAAAACUCGUGUUCUUCGAUGUUGUGAAUUUUUGUGAAGAAAAUAGAAUUUGUAGACGAAAAGAGAAAAAGAUGGCGGAAGUACAAACAGAAAGUCACCAGGAGGAUGCUACGUGGUCUGGCGUGGCUGAUGGCACUACGGAAAUAGAGCAAGUUGAAACCAUGGACCAAGUUGUAGCGGAACAGGGAGAACAAGUAGUAGCAGAGGAACAACCUCAAAUUAUGAUCCUCUUUAUUCUUUCUAGUUACUCGGUUACUCGAAGUAGAAUAAAGUCUAAAUUCAUCUUCAUACUAACUUGAUGUUGCAAACUUUUCAGGAAUAAAUUCAUAGAGAUGAUGGAUUACACGAGAGUAUACGGAUAGUAGAGUCUAGUCUUUCAGGUCUUAUUCUCCCAUUCAUACUUCCCGAUCUUCCGCAACGAAGCCCAGUCGGUGCAGUGCCGAAGAGUGCUCCUACUAUAGGUUCACCUGCGCUCCCAAAAAGUGUUCCUGCGAUUGGUAUCCCAUAUAAAUUCAAGUCAAUUUUUAUACGAAUUGAAGUGCUCAGCAUCGAAAUUUAAGCGAAGUACUUAUUCUCAACAGAUUAGAUGACUUCAUCGCUACAAUUUGGUCGUAUAACAAAGCUAGUCUUCGUAUUGACUUAAGUACAGUUAUCGCUAUGGUGUACAAUUUCAAUUCAGAAAUUGAAUUUCCCCUGAUCAAAUAAAUUGGUUUGCUCAUCUCACUCCCUCGUCUUACUCCCUUUACGUUCAAUUUAGUUGCCUCAUCAAAAGUCCGUGAAUUCAGGUCUAAUUAUCCCAGAAAAGCCAGUACUUAAUUCUUUGAAAAAUUCAGGUAUAAUCCCAGAGAAGCCAGCACUUCGUAGCCCAUCAGCGCAUGCGAAUGACCACCUUCUCAAUGGACCAUUAGGCAGUUCCAAUGUGCCAUCGAUUGUUGCUCCAUACGCACCAGCACCCGUGUAUUUGGUAGACCCAAGUAUCUUAUGGCUGGGGAUAAUGAUGUGGUGUUCACCGGUGCCGUUGUUGAGGCUUUGUUUUCCACGUCUGCUAGCAAAUCUAGUAGACCCACACCUAACCUGACAUAAUGGUAAUCCAUUUUCCGUAAUCCAUUUAGUUUACGUUCUUCUGAAAGUAUCCUGAGCAAGAAGCACUUCCUAAGUAGAAGAAGCACACAAACACAUCUGAAGAUACUUUUUUCGUCCCAAGAACUCCCAAGAAUAAGAGGGAUUACGAACUGGAGGAUCUAAGUAUCAUUGCAGCGAAGGGUGCAGUCACGGAUGACAUAUGUUAUGGCAUUUGGGUUCUUCCAUUUUCCAAUACUUCAAAUUGGUAGUUCAAGUACUACAUACAAACUGAAACUAUUUUCAUUCCUCUAAUUUCCCGGAGUCCUCAAGGUCUAUGAUCCGAAUACAGGAUGGGGCUUCGUGCUAGGCAACGAGCAGACGAGCGGGACUGACAUCUUCAUACACAGAGGCGCAUUCGAGGGAAAUGCACCUUUAGUCCACGUAACCGCUCUCGACCCAGAAGACAUUCGACCGAAGGUAGUUUUUUUUGCAGUCGUCGUUUUGUAGGAGCCAUUGCAAGUAGCUCGAUGUUCUUGACCUGAUGUAGUUCUACAACAUUUGAUGAUAGAUUUGAUAGAUAAAAUAAUCCUUCAAAUACAGCCUGAAAGGUGAUGAAGAUGAUACCAAAAACACAGAUCCGCUAUAGAUUAGACUGGACCAGCGAAGAGAAACCGAAGGUGGACAAGGCAAUAAUGAUAGCCGACCAGAUGGCUACUGGAGGAAUAGAAAUGGGUAUCGUUUUCUUAGCAUAACAGUUUUUUUGCUGCUUAUUUUUGUUUUUGUAUCACAUUGAACUCUAGAAAGAUCGUUCUAUCCUAUCCUAUCGUUCUACAAUGUCAACUUUACGUCACUUUUUUUUCCAUUUUCAACCUCAUUAUCCAUGUGGUAAGCAAAUUCAACCAACAGCUAAAGGCCAAAGUCGGGUUUGCGUGCCGUGCUUAAGCACUAUAGCAGGUUUUCACGGCAUUUGCUCGGUGUGCAAGGGCAAAGGCGACGGUACGAAAGGACUAAGUGCUAAAGGCUUCGGCAAAGGCGGUUACAAAGGAGCUCAGAAAGGCAGAAGUGGUCCAUACACUGGUGCCGGAAGCAUGCUUAUGAAAACGGAAAGAUUCAAAGUCUCUAUCUUUUUCCUACAACUACAACAUGCUUAACUUUUUUGUGAUGCGAGUUAAUUUGAUGAUGGUGCUAGUAUCUACACGAUGAUCACCACAUGAGAUCAUCACCAAAAGAUCAAGAGUUUAUAUUGUUUUACAUUACCGCCCGGUAACCGAGAAAUCUGCUAGAUCUACAUUUUUCUGGAGAUCGAUGAAAAGAUAGAGACGACGCCAGAGCCAUAAUAAGAUACAACCAGAAAGGGUGAUGGACGACUAUGGAGAACGAGUGGAGAGGAGACCCUGUUGCGAGAGACAAGGUUGACAAAUCCGUUGUCGAACAAGUUCACAUCUUGUUGCGGGCGAAAUGGAGAGCCCACGCAAGGGUGAACUACUUGUCUGACAAUGAAAUAGUAAUUUUCUACACGAUACCCCAUUUCGGAUCGUGGCGAUUGAAUCCUACCCUGUACACUGAUUGAAUCCUACAUCAUGGUCCGCAGGUAGGAGCAUGAGGACCAUGACGGUCAACUUCAUCGUGAAAAUAGACACACACACGCGUUGUACUACAUACCCAUGAACGGAAAGCAAAGGGGCGACGAUUCAUUGACGAUGUGAAAGAUUCUACAACUAAUGAACGACGCAAAAAAAUCACCAUCAACACCUUCAUCAUCGUCACAUAGCGUGCGAUAUUAGCCUCGUCGGAGAGAAAGGUUUUCUCAGCUCGUGGUGCGUGCUUUCUUGCUGUUCUGCGACUCAAC